AUGUUUUUGACGAUACAGACACUGUGUUUUAGUCCGUUCUUAUUUUCAUUACAGGAAAUUAUAAGAGGGCCCCCUCAAUCCACCGACACUGCAUUUAGUGAACUGACAAGUCAUUACCCUUCAUCUAGCUACACUCAACCAGCGACACCACUGUUCAGCACUUUCGCCGCAAAUCACUUGUCCCUCACAACCGCUGUAGUGAUUACCCAUCCAUGGCAGCAAGGCAAGAACUCCUCUGCUGCUGCUGCUGCUUCUGCUUACCCAGUGGUGACCGGAGCGACUGCAAGCAGCGGUUCGUCUGUCGAGGGAGCGCCCUCCCCCUCGUCCGGUGGCACAGCAGCCGUUGAGGAUUGUGGCGGUCAAAACGGAGUAACUGCUUUUAUUUCUGAAGACCUUAUCCAUGCUGUACAUCGUAUUCUCUGGGCCAACCAGAGCAAGAUUGGAGAUUAUUUGGCAAGUAGCCGUGAUCGCAAGGCUGUUGGUCGACAACCCUUUGAUAGAAUGGUUACAUUGCUUGCGCAUCUGGGUCCUCCUCAAUACAAAUCCGUGGAUUCUGCGUGGAAUUACAUGGACCUUACUUCGAAUCGUUUGGAAGUUUGGGCACUCCGCGCGUAUCAAUUUCGUGAUAGCGAUGAGUUCAAGCGUUUGAAAUCACUAAACGUUUUCUAUCAGGCUGGGACUAGUCGUUUGGGAAAUCCUGUCUUUUACUACAUCGCCAGACGCUACAAAUCACAAGAAUACCAACGCGAGGACUAUCCUUUGAUAAUCUGUUUGGUAUCUGUGACGCUGGACACUUACCGGGAUAAGCCCUUCGAAUUGGUCGUAGAUUUCACCCACGUCAAUGUCGAAAAUCGAUUUAAGAAUGAUCUACUCAACAAAUGGGCCCAAGUGCUUGGACCAGUUUUGCGGGAGCAUCUCGUAGCGGCCUAUAUAUACAAUUGCAACUCGUGGGUACGCGAAUAUACCAAAAUGCAUGAUUGCUUUUUCGCGUCUAUCAAGGGAUCCCGGAAACUUUUCUUCUUAGACCAUCCAAGUAGACUGAACGAGUACAUCGAGCCGGACCAACAGCGCUUGCCCGGUGGGACUCUUGUGCUCGAGGAAGAUCUACGCGUGUUCACUAACGCUUUGAAGUUGUCACACAAAGACACCAAGGUGGCUAUCAAAGUUUGCACUAAUGCUAUCCAGGUCACGUCAACUGAGAAAAGCAGGGUUCUUGGGCACCCAGCCAUAUUAAAUGACGUCUACUACGCUUCUGAGAUUGAAGAGGUUUGUCUCGUGGACGACAAUCAGUUCACUCUCACCAUUUCCAAUGAUAACGGCCCGCUUUCGUUCAUUCAUGAUGCCUGCGACUCCAUUGUGCAGGCCAUUAUUCACAUACGCACUCGUUGGGCACUUUCCCAACCGGACACUCACGCAGUGCACACGAAGAUCAGACCACGUGAUGUGCCCGGCACUCUGCUCAAUAUAGCCCUCCUCAAUCUGGGUAGUUCCGACCCAAGUUUGCGUUCGGCGGCCUACAAUUUGCUUUGCGCACUCACACAAACCUUCAAUUUGAAAAUCGAAGGACAGCUCUUGGAGACUAACGGGCUGUGCAUCCCUGGGAACAAUACGUUGUUCAUCACCGAGAUCAGCAAGCGUUUGGCUCAACUUGAACCGCAUUUGACUCUGGAGUUCUUGGACGAAUGUAUCCAGGGUUUCAGUCGAUCGAGCAUUGAGAUGAAGCAUUUGUGUUUGGAGUACAUCACCCCGUGGUUAUGCAACUUGACUCGCUUUUGUCGGUCGGAUGACUCAAAGAGGCAGAAAUCAUUUUCAUCGGUGGAUGGAUUCUUGGAUUCUGAGUCCACCGAGACUCUUUGUAUCGGAUUCGGAGGUUUAUGGAGGUUUUCCGGGCACUUUUCCAAAGCUAACCAGAAUUCGGAGGCCGCGCAGCUAUUUGUCAAUUUUCUCGAAGUGCUCAUCGACUCGCACCUCCCAGGCGAAGAUCUUCGCACCGCCUACACCCCUGUGCUGAAUUUGAACGGUACCAGUCACACUCGAAACCUGUCCAGCUCUUCUUCAUUGAGCCUCUCCAGCGUCCCUGGGGUUUUGAAUUCAGAUGGCAUGUUGAACAGUGUGGAGACCGAAACUGCUAUUUCACCCUCAACCACUCCGGUUGGAGACUCUUGUGCAGCACCCAUAAGCCAGCUUCCUGCCAAUGGUUCGGUAUCCGCCACAUUUCCGCAUCCACCAGCUGAUGAGAUGCCGAUCGGGUGUGAGGCGGUGAGCACAACCUUUCUGCGAUAACCCUCGUGAGCAGGCGUGGAACUCGUGCAUGUAUCUUAUACAUCCUUAGGCUCUCUACGCAUGUCCGUCGUGGAUCUUCGUAGUUUGACUGUCGCGAGGUCUGAACUGGCCCUUCGUCCAUAUAUCGUGAUUUUGGUCGAAGCUCAAAUGCAUUUAUUUACUUUUUUACUCUGCAUUUGAACAUUAGAUCGAUUUCGUUCUGCUUCACUGCUUCGUAUUUUCACUGUGUCUUCGAUGUCAGCGACUUGUUUCGUUAUGUGAACAGCAUCUUAUGCGUUCCCGUCAACCCAGUAACUUCCGGACUGUGCGUCUCAUGUCUUCGCGGUGAUGUAUUCAUGAUAUUAACUCACGCUAUUAACUUUAAACCACUAGAAAUUUUGCACUUUUUUGCAUUUUUCGAUUGCUUAUUCUUUUUUAAUGCAUUCAUUUUCCCUUAUCCAAUCGGACAGGUUAGAUUUUUCACUUUUCCGAACACUGUGUGACAAAGCAGAUACUUCUGUGGCUUUUCAUUUUACCAGUUAUUGCAUUUAUAAGAUCCUUCAAUGGCCAUUAUUUUUAGUCGCUCUUACUGCUUCGUCACACGUUUGCGCCACUUAUUUUCAUACUAUACUCACUCAUCUUGGCUCCGUUCCUUUCAUUUCUCUCAUUUUCACCGCUCAGUCCCGGAUGUGUAUUUUCGUAUCGCCAUUUGUUCCUUCAUUUCGUUUGCCAGCAGAAUUUCCUUUCAUUUUUUCCGGAUGCUGCUGCACUCAUCCGUCAUUUAACUGUGAUGUUUUUCAUAUACUUGUUUUUCACUUGCAUGUUUUCACCUUCUUCACGCAUCACCUGUCUGGUGCAUUUCGACCUUUCGACUGGCAGUGUACAUGUCCAUCCUGCACUGCGAUAUCCAGCAACUGGAUGUGUUUUUGCUGGACACGAUGGUCAACGUGGAUCUUACUCAUUCGGCUUUUCUGUUAUCAUUUAUCUUUUUGAGAAGGUUUGCAUAAUAUAUUGUCACACUAUGCUUGCCUUAGCCUCUCGCCUUGAGUGUUUUUGAG